CAUAGCAGCAAGCGCCACACUGGAGCAAGCCGCGGCUGCGGGACGCGCAGGUGUGAGCUCGGCGGCGGCUUUACCCUCUCUGGACCUGGCGGUGGCACAGAGGUCUGCGGAGGCUGCUGUGGCUUUCGACUCCAGGCGCUGCGCGGACGGUGACAACGGCUCCAUGGCUCCUGCGGCAGAUCCUUCCUCCUUGGCUCUCAGGGCCUCGAGCCCAGCAGUGGCCCCCUCUUCGUACGGGGUCUUUUGCAAAGGGCUCUCCCGCACCUUGCUCGCCUUCUUCGAACUGGCCUGGCAGCUGCGCAUCAACUUCCCCUAUUUCUACGUCGCGGGCUCUGUGAUCCUGAACAUCCGCUUACAGGUACACAUAUAAAGCCGUCAGCAAGCUGCGGGGCUGUGGAGGCCACCACGAUGGCGGACUCCCAGGAAGUCCCUCAAUCUCGCGAGCUUUCGCGAGUACCUUCCGCGCGUGCGCGAUCCCAGCCGAACGGCCCUGGACAGUGGCAGAAGUCUUGUUGGCGCUAGGUAAGGGAGAAAUGCAGUGCUGGGGAAAAAAGAACUUCAGCUAAGACCCACGAAAACGGUUAAACUACAUAGCUUUGAAAGGAACUCCAAACAGAUUUCGAGAAGUGAAAAAGACCGCAGAAUGCAUUAUAAAAAAGGAAGGCCAAAACUUUCAGGGAAAAAUAAAGGUUAAAUGAACAACAAAGUUAAAUUGUAAAUUAAAAUUAAGCAGUGAACUUCAGAAAUACCGGUCUGGAUUGUAAACCAGACACAGAAUAAGAAGCCGAUGGUAUGGACUGUAUGUGGUGGAAAGCAUAUAUUUCUUCACAAGAAAAAAAAAAAAUUGAAAUUCACAGUAAAAACAAAACUAUACAAGAAAAACUUAUUCCAAAUACUUGACUUGAAAUGCUGCAAGAUUUUGAACAAAUGGUGGAAGCGUGAGAAAAUGAAAGGCUUAACUGUCCCUGUGAACAAAGCUUGCUUAGGACCUUGGGACCAAACAAAAAGAAAUCUAGUCAUAACAUAAAACUUGGAUAUUCUGUGAAUAACAUUUAAAUAAUUAUAAUGUAAAUGUUGUGUAUGGUUUUCAUCUUUAAUGGGAUACUAAAUCAUGGCUAUAAAUUAGAAUGUAAAUGUUAUUAACCUUGAUGUACAAAUACACAGACAAGUGAUGUUGGAAGGGGAGAGGAAGGUAAAUAAAAUGAUUUUAGUGUCCUUAAAAGUUGUGAAAUUGAGAGACAGUAAUCGGUUGUGGAAGAGAAAGAAAAUAUUAUUAGCCUUAAAGUUUCUAAAACAAUAAUGUAAUUGUAUUAAAUGUAAAAUUUGGUAGGGGAGAAGAGAAUGGAAGCAAUAGAAAAUGCUUUAAGAUAGGUGGGAUUCCUCAAAAAGAAAUGUUAAAAGCACCUGGUAUAUUUGAAUAUAUUGGAAGUAUUUUUGUUUUUUGAAAUCUGUGAAUAAAUUAAUGUGCAGAUUUUUCAAAUUUAAGAAGAUCAAACUGUGGUGAUAAUAAACACCAGGAAAAAUAAAAAGUUCAAAUCCUA